AUGAAAAACAACAAUUCAUUGAAGUUGCUUAUUCUUUGUGUGAUUUUGUUUCAGCUUCAGUUCGUCACUGUAACUGCUGAUGAUGCUGAUGGAACAAUAAAUGCGAACAACAAUAGCAACAAUGCCACUUCAGACUGCGUGGAUGCCAUAGAUUGGAAGCCGUUUGCCUCCUUUCCGGGUUGCCAUCAUGAUUCAGUCUCGUGCGAAGAGGCUCAAGUGGUGAUGGAAAAUUGCUGCAAAUGUCGGUGCGCUUAUUCUGAUAGCGAAGGCAAUAUCAUCAAGAACGCUUCCUGCUAUGAUCACGAGUAUUCUACUCCAUCUCCCAUACCGGCAAUUAUACCACCGACUUCACCACCUUCUGUACGACAAGAUGACCGGAAUGCACCAUCAUCCUCAAAACAGUCAUUUCUGUCAACAUCCUCAUCUGCACCUACUUCCAAUACACGUGCCAUGCCCGAACCAACCCCUCCUCCAACCACUUACUAUGAGAAUUGGAAGAAAAAUGGCGGCCAACAACAAGACGAUAAGAGCUCCAUCAAUCGAUCCUUUUUCAUGUUCUUUGCCCUCUUUUUCUUUAUCACGUUGCUACGAAAAGGAAAUCAGCUACGGACUCGUCGACGGAAUGGACGAUACCGAGCCGCACGGGCAGAACGAUUGCGAAGGGCCGCAAUGCAACAAGAAAGUAAUGCAGCGGCAUCGUCACAAGCCAACACCAACAGCAGCAGUAGUAGCCCCGCACGGUACCAACGGAUUUUAUCCAAGUUUUAUUUUCAAGCCGUCUUGCCAGAUCAGAGCAAUGUCAAUCCGGAAAGUUUAAAAUCAGGCGAGUUGGUCACAACGCCACCUGAUAUUGAAACUUCGCUCUCCUCGUCCAAGACUGCUGACGACAAGAACAACAACAACAACAACAACAGCAAGGAAGAGCCAGCGGAAGAAACGAAAGGAGAAAGCACGGGGGCUGGUUCAUCCAAAAAGGAGGCUAUACUAGUGGAGUCAGGGGACGACUCCAAUCAAGAAGGAAGUGCUGAUGAGACCAGCAGCGUCACCAAUAAUAAGGCAUCACACCACCACCAUCCAUCAAUCUGUCAAGUCAUCUCUUCUUGGGCCAGUGUUGGGUCAAUACCACCAUCAGUAGACGUUUGCUGCAUAUGCCUGGAAGUCUACAGUGCAGGAGAUACCAUUUGUGUGGCCAAGAAUCCAAAUUGCGAUCACUUGUUUCACAAGGAUUGUGUUGUGGAAUGGAUGAAGACAAAUGAUGAAUGUCCACUUUGCCGCAUUAAUCUACUGCAUUAA